AUGAACAAAAACGGAACAGCUAAAAUGAAUGAUAAUCAAAUAAGAGCCGAAGGUAGAAGGUUAUUUAAACGCUUCUAUAACAUUCCUGAUGGUGUUAAUCCUAAAACUCGUAGAAGUUAUUUAAACGAAGCCAUAGAUGCAUAUGAAGGAUUUGACAUUUCAUCAGAAAGUGAGAGGUUAGCAAGAAUGUUAAACGUUAAUAUUGAUUUUUAUUAUUGUGACCCUCAACCAGAAGACGUAGACAUAAAUAAGGUAGACUUUCCAUUAGUGGAAUCAAUAAUGAUAGAUCCAGAAUUUGAAACAGUAAAUAUUUUAUUAACACAGAGUCCAUGUGGAAAACUUCACGCUGACAGAAUUACAGACGUUGAAGCACUCACAGGAUAUAAAGUUUGCCCCUUUUGCAAAGAAGAAGUAUAUUCUAUCCGUGAUGACCCAGAAAGGAAAAACCAAAGAAGAUUUUUAAAACAUUGUGAGAAAUGUAAAGAAAAUAAUGGAAGAUUAAUUCAAGACGUUCAAUUGCAAAACACACAACAACCAUAUGCACCACAUAUCACGAAACAGAAGAUAUAUCAAUGGCUAUUAGCUCACAAUUUGCAGGAAUAUUAUAAACCAACAAGAUAUUAUAUUACUUUUGACUUCGAAACAUUAGAGACUAAAGAAGAACUUCAACUUUCUGAAUGUGCAACUUUGAACGCUUACUUAAAACCAUUUAUGGUAUCAUCAACUGUCAAAAUAAAGCCGCAAACGGACUCUUUGAGUCCUGAAGGUCUUUCAGACCGAAGCGGCGAGGUCGUAGACCGUGAUAAAACAUUUACGAGGAAUUUUUGCUUAACAUCAA